AUGACUAACAAAUUAGCAUUUGAAGCGCUCGAUAGGACGUUGCGUGAUAUAAUGGUUUCGGUCUUUGAUAGGAAUAAAGAUUUACCUUUUGGUGGGAAGGUUGUCGUUCUGAGUGGUGAUUUCAGGCAGGUCUUGCCAGUUAUUCCAAAAGGUUUGCAUAUUGAGAUUGUGAUGGCUUCCAUAAAUUCUUCUGUCGUUUGGAAAUAUUGUGAAGUUUUGCGACUGACAAAAAAUAUGAGGUUAGCAAUCGGAUCGGAACAAUCAACUGCUCAGGAGUUAAGGUCGUUUUCAGAUUGGAUACUUCAAAUCGGUGAAGGUCGAUGUGGAACAGUGGUCAACGAUAAAAUUUUUGUUGAUAUUCCUUCUGAUCUAAUCAUUCCUGUCUUGGAAAAUCCAGUGGAAGAUAUUGUAAAUACAAUCUACCCGAAUUUGGUUCAGAAUUUUCGUGAUCCAAGUUUUUUCCAAGAUAGGGCAAUACUCGCUCCGACUGUCGACAAUGUUGAAGAGAUAAAUGAUUAUAUAGUUGACUUGUUGCCCGGUGAGGAGAAAAAUUAUCUCAGUGCUGAUUCGAUAUGUGGUAGUGAUGCCUAUUCUGAUGUUGAUGUCGAUUGGAUAACUGUUGAAUUCUUGAAUCAGAUUAGGUGUUCUGGUCUACCUAAUCAUUCGUUGAAGUUGAAAAUAGGCGUGCCUAUUAUUUUGUUGAGGAAUAUUGAUCCGGAUGGGGGUUUGUGUAAUGGGACUCGACUUGUUGUGCGAGAUCUAGGGACAAAUGUGAUCGGUGUAGAUAUUGUUUCUGGUAGCAAUGUUGGGGACAAAGUUUUUAUCACCAGAAUGAAUAUGAUUCCUAGUGAUACGGUUAUACCGUUUAAAUUCCAAUGCCGUCAAUUUCCGGUUUCUCUGUCGUUUGCGAUGACAAUCAACAAAAUCCAGGGUCAGACAUUAUCAACAGUCGGUUUGUUCUUGUGUCGUCCUGUGUUUUUUCACGGUCAACUUUAUGUAGCUCUUUCCCGAAUUAGGAAUAGAAAUGGUCUUAAGAUUUUACUUUGUGAUGAAGGAUUAGUUGAUGCUGCUAUGCUAUUUUGA